CUCGGCUUCCUUGAAAGUGAAAGGAUAACGCACUACGUGUCCUUGAUUGUGCUGUGAAAUUCAUGGCAUCCACUCUGCACACCAAUCACCGCACUAUUUUUUAUCGCCAUCUAGGCAAAUUUCAUUUUAUCGCUAAGCGAUCACAAUAGCGAGCUUCUUCCACCGCAGGCAAAAUUCUUAACGUAUGUUCAUUGUGCCGAUUCGUACUUUCAUCUUUCCAAGUACCGGAAGGCUGAAUCGCUGUACAAGAAGUCCUUGCAGUUUCGUAAAUGCCUUUUGAAAUCUAAAGGUGCUACUAAACCGCCGCCUGAUGGACAGAAAGAACUCAUGUCGGACAUAGACAUUAAAUAUCAAAUACAUUUGUGCUUGGUCAAGCUCAAAAAUACCCAAGAAGCCUUGCAAGUACUUCAGGGAAUACCUGGCAAGCAAAGAUCCGCAAAAGUGAAUAUGGCUCUGGCAAAAAUGUUCCAAGAACAAGGAAUGGAAAGAUCAGCAAUUACGACAUACAAGGAAGUUUUACGAGAAUGUCCAUUGGCUCUUAACGCAGUGGAAGGACUCCUUGCUCUGGGUGUAAAAGGGAUCGAAGUAAAUUCCAUGAUUGUUAACUCUAUAACCAAUUCACCAAGUCUGGAGUGGUUGAACAUCUGGAUCAAAGGACACGCACAUAUUCACAAUCGUGAAUACAGUCAUGCAAUUACAGCAUUCCGGUCACUCGAUAAUGCCAAUUACUUUAGAGACAAUGUUACCUUGUUAAUAACAAUGGGUGAAUGUUACUAUUUUGCUGGUGACGAUAAAAAUGCCUUGACGUGUUUGCGACGGGCCAGAACUAUAGAACCUGAUUUGACGAAAGGCCUUGACAUAUAUGCCGCUGUGUUGUACAAGACGCAAAACACCAAGGAGCUUGAGAAAUUAAUCCCAGCUAUAACACAGACUUCCGAAUACACAGCUGAACAAUAUAUAGCUAUGGCUUAUGCUUUGUACGCUGCGCGAAAAUUCAGUAGAGCAAGUACCCUGAUUGUACAAGCGAUAAACCUGAGCCCCUAUAGUAUCGAAGCAAUUAUAUUAUGGGGAAAUAUUCUUAUCGAUCAAAAAAAAUAUCAAGAGGCAUUGCACCAUUUUAGGAAAGCUGCUCUACUCAAACCACAUAGAUACGAACCACACAAAGGACUCGUUGAUUGUUAUGUUGGAAUGCACAGACUUAGGGAAGCACUGAAUAUCGCCAGUACAGGCUGUAAAUUACUGGGACACACGCCUCGGGCUCUGACGCUUUAUUCGUCGGUUUUGAUGAAGGACCCUGUAUCAGUUGGCAAAGCGAAAAACUUGUUGGAAAAAGCAUUGAGUCAAGAAGAGUCAUUUUUGCCGGCUGUUUAUUUGUUGGCUGAAAUAUACGAACAGGAGAUGAACUUAGAAGCUGCUAUUGAAUUACUUGAGAGACAAGUAGAAAUAUUACCUACCUCUAAAUUUCAUCAGAUGCUUGGCGAUUUGUGGGCUAGAAUUCACAAUCAAGAAAAAGCAUUGGAUCAUUACGCCAUCGCCUUGAAUUUAGAUCCAUGUAAUCGACGGGCUCUGGAAGGGCUGCAUCGGUUAGACAGUACUUCAACGAAACUGGAAUCGACUUAUUAUAUGACUGUAGGUGACGAACAUGCAGAUACAACUUAUGAUGUAGGAGAUGGUUUGCCAGAUACAGACAAUGAUGAGGGAGCUGACGAAAGUGAAACAGAAGCAGUUUGGUCUGACAUGGAUCUGGAAGCGAAUAGUCAAUAGGGUAACUUACAACCAGAGUAAUUGAAAGUAGUUUGUAACUGAAAAUAAUGAGCAUUUCUCAUUUCUGCGGCAAUGAUUUUCCUCUGAUAUUAUAUAACAAUGAAAUUAUGAGUUCUUUAUCAGAGAAAUUGUCCUCCCGCAUCACAGUACUCCUCGGAAAUUUUUGUUCCAUACUUCUGCAAAGACUGUUGAUUUUCAACUGUGACUGACGAUAUUCUUCAAAUCAUAAUAAUGCGUGCAUUUUUUCUAAAUGUACGAAACUGUUUAUGGAGUAGACAAAAUCUCGAGUUCCUUUCUCCUAUAUGUAGUACAAUUGACAAAUGAGUACUUCGAUCAUGCAAGAAAGAAUUACGCAAUUCUGUGAAGUACCAUGUCUCUAUGUUUAUGUUCUAAUGAGAACGCAUCAAUCAUGUUUAUAGAAAGAGAAAUUCUUACUUUAUUAGCUAAUUUUUCGAUGUUGUUUUCUUAGUACAGAAUAAGCAAAAAAUUUAUUCAGUUUUGUGUGUACCACAAAUAAGAAUAAAUUAAAAAAUAUGAGUA